AUGCUCAAUGAUCGGUGCAUACAAGGCGAAAUGCUUGUUCGCGAGUGCUUGAAAAUCAAGCGGUGGAAUCCAAUCCAGAAGUAUUCCUACUCUAAGAAAUUGGAAGAAUUUGAAAGCUCGUUGUUGUGGUAUUUUCAGAUAAAUGUGCAGGCUGAGUUGGCCGCAGAUGGCAAAAAUGUUGUUGUUGGCGUAAAAGUUCUUCAGGAGAAAAUGGAUAAAAUAAUUUCUAUCCAACAUAAUGAUCGUGGGUUUUCAGGUUGGUGUGGUGUUCCGGGAGUUCCAGAUUUCGUGGUUGGAUUGGACGUGCAGCUUCAGGAACUGAAGGAGAUGCUUCUAAAGGACGGAGUUCCAAUUGUUGUGCUUUCGGGUCCUGAUGGCUGUGGAAAGACUGCACUGGCGAAAUUGCUCUGUAAUGAUGAUAUAAUUAAAGGUAUAUAUGGGAAUAAUAUCUUCUUUCAGACAAUCUCAAAAACACCUAACCUCCAGCGAAUGGUUCAAAAAGUAUUUCAGAGUAACAAAAACCAGUAUGUGCCUAUCUUUCAAAGUGAUGAAGAUGCAAUGUACCAACUAGAACAGUUUUUCAUGAGGCAAAUAGGACCAGCUCCCAUACUAUUAGUCCUGGAAGAUAUGUGGUCAGGAUCUGAGUCAGUCAUUGAGCAGUUCCUUCUUCCAAUACCUGGAUAUAAAAUUUUGGUUACAUCGAGAUUUGUGUUUCCAAGAUUUGAAUGGACUUAUAAAUUGAAUAUGUUGAAUCAUCAAGAUGCAAUGACCCUGUUUCUUCACUAUGCUUUUAAAGAUGGGAUCUGUACUGUGCAAAAACAUCUGGUAGAAGAGGUGGUCAGAGGUUGUUCAGGAUCUCCAUUGGCCCUUACAGUUGUUGGCAGGUCACUCUAUAGGCAGCCUGAGGUGAAGUGGAUUAGUACAGUUCAAAAUUGGUCCAAAGGGCAACCCACACUACAAGAAAAAAUAGCAUUUUACAAUGGCCAGAAUUUGUUGCCAUAG